UUCUUCAAUUUCUGAUCGGACCAUCUAUCCAUCCAUAGGCCAUCCGGUCAACACCACUACCAAGACAACACUCAUAUCAAACACUUGUCUGGACGUCAACGCAGAGCGACAGAAACCCCUCGACAACUAUCUUACCCAAUACCCGAGAAUCAUGGCCGCCCACCCUGCACACCUCAACAACUUUUCCGCUCAUACCGGUCUCAACAUGAACACCCAGUACCAGCCCAACCAUAACCACAACCACAACGCUUACGCUACCACCAACGCAGCCGCAUCUCUCUCCGCUCAAGCUUCCCUUCAGACCUCGCUCAACGCGCUGAACAGCAAGAUCGUUCAAGCUCAAUCGCUCGCCCUUCUGAACAAUAUCACCGUCGACGAGGUCUUGAGCCGCAUGGGAGGGUUGAACGAGAUGGAGUUGGGGUUGCUGAGGUUGUGCGCCGCCAGGGAACAGGAGGCUAGGUUGCAAGCUAGUUUGAUGUCGCAGCAGCAACAGCAGAUGGCCAUCUUGCAGCAACAGCAGCAACAGCAAAAGCAACAAACUACUACCAGGAACCCUUCCAACCGACUCUCUUUCCCCGGCAUGCCGUCCAGCAGACAACCUGCAACUAAUGCGAAUUGGGAAGAAUCGUUCGGCAACCUCUCUCUAGGAGGACCCGACGUCGUCCGUACGCCUACUCCCAAAUCUGCCAACUCCACCUCGGCGUCGGCCCAAACCCAGGUCACCCCACCCAAGGUCGACAAGCGGACCAGUCCUACUUCUGCGACCUCGACCGCGGGUCUCGCCGCGGGCAAGCACGAACAAGCCGCUACUUGGCGUCGAGGUUCCCCCAGCGCAUCCCAGCAGACCAGUAUUUCCCCCGCCGCGACCCCCGUUCGUGGUAUCAGUGCUAAUGCCGGAGCAGAACCGGCGAACAAGGCUUUCAACUUUAACGGCGUUUUUGGGAACAAGGUCGUCGGACUCCCUCGUCAGGCUUCUCAGACCAGCUCGGUCGAGUCCUCUACCACUACGAACGCGAAAGCCGACGGUGAGGGGAGGAAAGAACGGGUUAGAACCGGUCGUUCGGGUUCGGCCAGUUCGAGCGAAGGGUUCGAGUCCGGCUCUGGGUCCGGCUCGGUCUUGUCGGAUCAGCAGCAACAAUAUCAGCAGGAAAGGCAGGACAGGUUGGAGAGGUCCUUCGUAGGCCGAGCGAGGGAGUCGACCUUUGCCGGCUCGACCUCGUCUUCGUCAUUCGAGAGCGUCGGUACGCCUCCUCCGGUGUUGAUUACCCCGCCUUGUGAGCCCCUGGAGAACCAGUAUUCCGGCAAACAAGGUUCCGGUACUCCCAACAAUGGGGGAUACUUUGGAAUCAAGAGGGUCGUCAGCGGAGAACAGGGGAAUGGGAAUGUAAACGUGAACGGGAAUGGGAAAUACGGACCGGGCGUGAUCGGACAAGGGUUCGGAUCGCCCUCGACCGUCCUCUUCCCCGGUGGAGUCGGGUCCACGGCUUAUGGCGUUGUGAUUAGGCAACCUCACGGACCCCCUGGCGGGGCCGACGAGUUGGGCAACAAGAACUUCGCCAGUCGUCUUCGUCAAAAGGCCGUGAACGAUCUCGGGUUGCUCGGUCGUCGAAGGGCCAACUCGCCCAAUCCUCACGCCGUUGCGGCCUGAUCUCGACCGUACUAAAGCCUUCCGCCUCCAGCUUCCGUUUUCCAUCGGAUCGGUCAUCCCUUCCGACGCUCUCCCUCCCCUUCUCUUGCUGGUAGUCUCAGCUACAUUCCUUUGGCCUUUCUUUCUUUAUAU